CCCAGCUCAGACGCGGCUAGUUCAAGUUGCCAUAGCAGAGAGAAGCGCAGGGAACUCGUCUGUUAGUCGCCGGUACCGAAGCAAACUCGGCCGGGCCGUCAUUCCGCUAUACUUUAUAACGUUAAAUGUCUCUUAUUUGUUUUUAUGCAGGCGCUUUAAAGUCUUAUCCGAAGCUUUAAUACAUUAGUUGGCUAACGUUUGGUUAGCUAGGCGGCUAACGUUCCCUAUAGUUUCCACUCGUUGCUAACCGGUUGGGAGCAUCCUUCGCGACUAUGCGCCGGGAUGCGGUUUGUGGGCUUCAGCGCAGUUUUGUUGCCGCUCGGAUAGAGCUCUGUAUCGCCUAGGCGAUCAGAUUAAGAUGACAACGCGUCAGUGGAGUUUUCCGAUGCCAUGUUUGCGCUUUGUAGAAAAAGUUCCCAACCGUCCCACCCCGCCGUGUAAUCUCAUUAACGUCAGGGCGAACAGUUAGCGUCUCCCCUCCCAUGUGCCUCCCGCUGGAGACGUCCCAAGCCAUGGACACGUCCAGCGAGUCAGACUCCUACGAAAGGAGGACCCGGGGAGGCAGGCGCCGGGGGCGUGACGUCCACCGCAGGUCGGGCCGGGACAGAGGCAGGGACAGCGGCAGCGGAGACGAGGGGCGAGCCGCGGACAUCUCGGACAAAAUCAGCACCCUGGCCAACACCUUACAGGACACCAGUAGGAACUUGAGCAAAGUUGACAGAAUGCUGGGUCAGUACAGGGAGCAUGCAGAUGACCAGGCUGUAGCCAUGACUCUGCUCAGGGAGAGCUUAGAGGAUUCAAUCAAUCAGCUGCAGACACAGAGGCUGAGCAGGGCCGAAGGGCCCCGCGGCUCCUCGGCCUCCACCCUGCACACCAGCGACCUGGAGGCCUGCUCAGGAUCAGAGGGCCAGCGCUUCUAUCCCACCUCUCCGCUCAGGGAUUACCCCGACGGUCCCAGCAGAAGGAGGAGGAGGAGGUCUCAGUCUGCUGGCGUUCGCUUCGAGGACUCCAGCCAGGCAGCAGACAAGGUUCAUAGGGUGCACCAGACCCUGCGGGAUCUGCGCUGUGACCAGCUGAGGCUGUCUGAUGACCUGGAUAGAGAAAUCCUCAGGAGAAACAGGUCUGACAUUGACACCAGGCGGGCGAUGGAGAAUCUCACGGAGCACAUGACGGUUUCCCCCAGGCAGGACACGGUGUCAUCUCGCGUGGAGAGACGUCUGGAGGAGCUGGAGAGAGAGAUGCAGGGCGAGCAGAGGCGCAGCGAAAGAGAAAGAAGGCCAGAGCGGCGCGUGGCUGCGGCCGACGACCAGCAGGAGGUUUUGGGGAGGUGCCGGGUUGGAUCCGACGAGAGGGAAGACACCAUGACAGCGAGACUCCUACGGGCAGAGAGGGAAAGGUCCAAGAUGGAGCAGGAGUUGGGCCGGGCCCGCAGACUACUGGAGCAGUCCGAGGAGAGCAGGGAGUCCCUCGUUCACCAGGUGGAGGACAUGCACGGCGAGCUGCUGAGGACGAGGGCUGAGAAGACGGCGCUUCACAGGACGCAAACGGAGGCUUCUCAGCUCGGCGCGCAGCUGCGCACCAGCCACGCCGAGCGAGAUGGGGGAAGAGGUCCAUCACAGGGGUCAGAUCAGUCGAAGCUGGAGAAAGAGGUGGCCGAGCUGCAGGCUCAGCUUCACAGGGCCUCGGUCCGCGGCGAGGUGGAGGAGCUGAAGAGGGCCCUGGACUCCAAGGAGAGAGAGAACCUACGGCUGAGUCUACAGCUCAAGGAAUUAUCGUCCGACCUGGAAGGGCGAGAACAGCAGCAGCUGCGAAUUCUGGACCAGCUGAAAGACAUCCAGAGCCGCGGGCAGGCGGAGAGGAGAGAGAUGGAGGCCUUGCUCCUGGAGAGCACCAGAAGCAGAAAUGAGUUGAAGACCAGGGCCCAGGAAGCUGUGCGCCAGUGGAGGGCAAAGUGCAGGAGGCUGCAGAAGGAGCUGGAGGAUGCACGGGCUCAGGCUGGACUUCAUGAAGACAGGGCCCUGCAGGCCUCCAGGGAAAAGGAGAGCUCCCAGGCCCAGCUGAAGGCACUGAGCCAGCAGAGUGAGGCGGCCCGCAGGGAGCUUGGUGAAAUACUAGGCCGCCUGGCCCAGCGCGAAGAGGAGCUCCACCGCAAGGACGUGGAGCUGUCGGAGACUCGGCAGCGGCAGUUGCUGCUGCAGCAGGAGGUCCAGGAGGUGAGGGAGGCCUCGGCGGCCCUGGAGCAGGAGGCUCAGCGUCAGGCCGCCGUCCAAGCGAGGCUCAGAGAGGAGAACCAGAGACUGGAAGAACAAGCGGACAGCCAAGCUCGUCGUCUUCAGAGGGACCAGGGCGCCCAGGCCGAGCUCCAGGCCGCCCUGAAGCAGAUGACCGCCGCCCACGCGCAGCUAUCGCAGCGGCUGGCCGAGGAGGAGAACGCCAGGAAGGAGCUCCAGAAGGACACCUCGGGGCUUCAGGCCAAGCUAGCGUUGCUGCAGGAGGAGCGCUCUGCCCUGAGCCAGCAGCUGCAGCUGGAGAGAGAGGUCCAUCAGAAGGAGCUGGAAAACACCAAGGCCACCAUCAAAGACGAGCUCGCCAGGAAGGAUCGGGAAGUGCAGGAAACGCUCAAACUCUGCCGACAGGAAAGAGACGAGACGAAGGCGCAGCUAAGCGAAGUCAAGGCAGAUGCAGCCUCAGACAAGGAGCUGUGUGCGGCACUGCACAUCAAGUUGGACAGGAUGAAGGAUGAGUGUGAUAAGCUGGUGGCGCAGCUGUGCACUAAAGACGAAGCACAUUCUCUUCUCCAAAGAAAACACCAGCAGCUCAAACGGGAACUGGAGGACACAGUGAAAAUGGGUGAGGAGAGACGGGUUUCUGAGUCGGAGCUUUUGAGGCUGGAGAAGAAGGUUUCGGCAAUGGAAGCAGACCAGGAAACGGUCCUUACUUCUCUCGGGGUUGAACUGGAUGCAGCCUGUCGCAGCUUGGCGAGGAACGGAGAAGACAAACUACAGGCGAUCUCCCAGAGACCUGGAUUAGUGAAAGACCCUCAUCGCUGGCUUGCUGAGACUAAGACCAAGCUGCGCUGGCUGUGUGAGGAAGUGCGAGAGCGCGACAUGAAGGAGCGGCGCCUGAGGAAGUACCACCAGCAGACCAGAGAUCAGCUGAAGGCUGUCAGCCAGAGCCGUGAAGCGGAGCAGGAAGCCCUCCUGCAGCGCCUGGACCAACAGGAGAAGCUGCUGCUCUCCCUCAGCACGGAGAAGAAAGAGCUGCUGGAGAGGAGUCGCAGGAAGGAGGAAGAAAUGAGAAGCCUUCAGGAUCGUGUAUUGGAUCUGGAGAUGAACACGAGAGUAGCGCUGGAGCACUUGGAGUCGAUUCCAGAGAAGAAAUGUCUGCUGGAGGACUUCAAAUAUUUGGAGGAAUCACAGCAACAGAAGGAGUUUGUAGAGCAGCGCUACUUUAAAUACAGAGAGAUCGUCCAGAACCUGCAGCACCAGCUGGACGAGUCCAAACGCAGAAUCCAAGAGUACAGAGAGGAGAAGUUGGAUGCUACCUCCAGGAGUCUGAGACUGGCUGCUCUCUCUUCUUCCAUCAAAGGCCCCGGCACGCUGCUGAGCAGCACACUGAGGUCUGACUGUCUCUCUCCUCCCAGACGUCUGACCGCCACCGACCUGGAGGACUCCACAGACGAGGGCUCUCGACUGCUCGCCCAUUAGUCCGCCGGUGGCCAAAACCUUCGUGUGAACCUCCACGCUCAGGCACCUCUCGCCGCGCGGACGCCUGCCCGCGACACGCUCGGCUGUAGCAAGAGGCCCCGGGUUCAACGCUAAUCCUCUUCAAGGACCUGAGGAGCAGCGUCGCUGAGGGUGCUCGACAGCAGAGGGGUCAGAGAGGCUUCAUAAACACACGGAAGGAGAGAGCUGGGAGAGAAACACCACUGUGAAGUAAUGUUAUUUACAAGCGCCUGUAUUUACAAUAUUUAUAAAGCUUGAAACCAAAGUAGCCAUAUUGUUCCUUGUCUCGUCCAGCCGCUGUUUUAAACGCGUUAUCUGUGAUCAUGCCAUCGUGUAUGUGCUAAUAUUCUAUGUGGACUAGCCAAGCUCCGGUGCCUUUUCAACACGCUGCACUUGUUGGACUCCCUUCAUCAUGAAGCGUUUUACCAUCUUUUGCUUUUGACGCGAUGCAGUAUAUAUUUGUGAAGGGAACGAGCAGAAGUGUCCGUUUCUAUGAAUUCUACCAGAAGUGCACUGAGAACGGAUGGAUCUGCACGCAGGUCGAAAUCCAGCAUUUUAUUCCUUGGUUUUGAUAUGAAGCGCUCCUCAUAAUAAAUGACAAUAAAACGGAGGUGUGCAGAAGAGUUUUGUUUACCGAAAGUUACAGAUGAUUCAUUAAAGAAACGUUUUUAAGCUAAA